AUGAAAAGAAUGAUGGUAACCAAUUUUGAGUGUUUACCUGAUGAUGUUCUUUUUGAAAUUUUUGGUUAUUUAUCUCCUGUUAAUAUUCUUCAGUCAUUUUUUUCAUUGAAUAAACGUUUUUCAACAAUCCUUAUAUAUCAAUAUUUGUGGCACAUUCAUAUUGAUGAUAGUACGAUGUCAUUAACGAUGUUCAAGGAUUUUUGUCAAAAUGUCUUAAAAUUAGUAGGACGUCGUGUUCUCUCAUUACGUAUUAGAUUAAAUAAUUUUAUUGGUGGAUGGUCACUUGUUUCAUCAUCUCUAAAAAAUCAACAAAUAACAUUGCUCCGACAUCUUCAUCUGAUCGACAUUAAACCACACGAAUUUGAUAAAUUAUUGUAUGAUCGUUUAGUAUGUUCACAACUACCUAAUCUACGAACUUGUCGACUACCGUUUGAUUUUUGUCCUACACAACGUUAUCAUUUACCAGAGUUCUCAGCACCACCACUAAUGACUUUACCUAAUCUUUCUAAUACAGUUCAUCUUCAUACAUUAACCACUGGUGUAAACACAAUACGCUUUUUAGAGCGUUUAGUAACGUGCAUACCUUCGAUUCAAAAUCUUUCUGUUGGUGUACAAGAUUCAAUAGUUUUUGACAACGAUGAAUUUGAUUUAAUUCCAUUACCUGUUGCUGUUGAUGGUUUCCUUCUUCCUCGUCUAUCUCGUCUGAGCAUGAGUUGUAUGGAUAAAAGAAGUUUUCAUAGAGCAGUUGCUCUUUUAUCAUCUAUGUUUAUUCAACUUACUCAUCUAUCACUAAAAUUAUUUGCAUGUACAUCAAUCUCUGGUCCUUUGUUCAUAUCAGGUGACACUAUUCAAAAAUUAUGUAUCGAUCGUCUCAAAACAUCGGCCACCUAUACUCUUAAUCUAUCAAUCUACGUGAAGAAUGACUUGGAAAAAAUAAUUUUCAAUUCAUUUUUGAAAGCUCCAUUUACUCGUCGAGAACGACUAAAGGUGUUGAUCCAAAAAGGUGAUAGUUGGAUGACUGGUGAUGAUUGUUAUGAUCUUGUAAUACAAUCAUUUGGUAUACACGAUGGUAUGUUAACAUCGCGUAAAGCUAAAGAUGUUUGCAUGUUACUCUGCAAUCGAUUUCCUAAUUUAAAAGAACUUUCGUUAACUAUCUAUGAAUCAUGGGAUUUUAGUACUGCGAGUCCAUCGUAUCUUGCUAAUUAUAAUAAUGAAUCUACAAAACGUAUUGUUAAUCUUAUUCAUUUCCUUGUUGAUCAUUUACAACAACUUGUUUCGUUUCAUAUGAAUUUUAUCCGUUCGAGAUCAUGUGAAACACCUUGUUUUCCACAUUUAAUUCGACGACAACUACAUGAAUGGCUACUUAACCGACCUUAUCGAUUACGAUGUUCUACGGAAGAAAUUCAAUUAUGGCUUUAA